AUGGCUGUCCAAACUAUGUGGCUGUGGUUUGUGACACUUUUCCAGCUUAUUUCACUUUCCAAGUCGAGUCUAUGCUACUACGGCUCCUACUACUACUAUUAUUACUACAACAGCUACUACUACCAGUCCUACUAUUGUGACAGUGGCUGUUGUGGAUAUUACUACAGUCGAUACUGUUGUUCCAGUGUCAGUUCUGGGACCAUUGCUGGGGCCGUCGUUGGAGGCAUAUUCGUCAUUGCCGUCAUAGCUGUUGUUGUUAUCAUCUGCUUAAAAAGCAAACAUAACACGAGGCGUGGCGUCGUGAUUCCUCAGAACAGAACGACUGUUGCAACAGUUUCACACGUACAACCACAGCCACCGCCACCACCACCACCACAGCCAUACGGCCAGCCACCACCAUACCAACAACACGGAAUGGUCUACCCUCCACCACCUCCACCACCUCCAGCCGCCGACCCAGCCUACCCUCCUCCUCCACCAAGAUAUUAG